CCCAAGUCUCUACGAGUGUUUCCGACUCGCAAUGGAGACUCCUCGCAGCGUGUUACUGACCGACUUGCCGCCGGAGCUGAUCCUGCUCUGCGCGGAGUACCUCCCCCCGCCAGAUGCAUUCAGGCUCUCACUAACAAGCAAGGAGUUGCGCGGGCUGUUGACGAACCUGCUGGGGGAAAUGCGCGAGUGCGGGCUAGCGGGGGCCAAGCACUACCGGCUGCGGACGUAUCUCUGCACGGAGGCCGGGCGGGAGGGCCAUCCCCGUCGACGGUCGGACAGGGUCUCGCGGGCGCUGCCGCGCCAGCCGCUGGUGGAGGCGGUGCGGACGGGGCAGGUGGUCGUCGUCGAGAAGGCGCUCCUGCGUUUCCAGCAGGACCCGAACAGCUACGACCUGGCCGCGAAGCCGCUGCUUCACAGUGCGGUGCUGUAUCGGCGGCUGGACAUCGCGCGCCUGCUUCUGCAGCACGGGGCCGACCCGAAUGUCACCUCGGAGCACGGGCGGACGGCGCUGGAUUGCUGGACGAGUCUGGUCGAGGGGAAGAACGUCAGCGAACGGAUCCCCAUGCUGGAGUUGCUGCUGGCGCACGGGGCGAAGCCUGCGCAGCCGGGGUUGUUGAACGAGGCGGUGCGACGGCUGCCGUUGGGGCUCGAGCUGACACGCCGGGUGGUGCAGGUUAUAUACGACAAUAUGGAGGAUCUCAAUGAUCUGUUCGGCCCGAGUCUGUUCCUCCGUAAGACUCUCAAGUUCGCCACGCUGGACUACGUGCGCACGCUGGUGACCCUGUGGCCGAAUCUGUUGGAGCGGCGGUUUUAUGAUGGGGGCUGUCUGGCGGCGUGGGCCGCCCACUAUGGCCGAGUCGAUAUCGUCGCGUAUGUCCAGUCGAUAUGGGGGUUGUCGUCCCUAGAACCUGACGUGGAACCUGACGUAGAACUGGACGCUGACUUGUGA